AUGGCGUUGACUGCACAGGUGGAAGGGCAAAUGCCCGCCUUGCCCGUCCAUGCUCUGAGUCCGUUAUCCAUUCACCCAUCUGCUACGGUCGCUUCUUCAGACGCGUUUGACCCUGCUUCGACAGGUCUGGUCCGGUCCGCGAGCUUCACCUACCAACCUUCCGCGCACCCGGACCCGUCCACGAUCAAACGUACCUUUUCCGAACAUGUCAUCUCCCUGCCCUCCGAGACUAAGGUCAAAGUCAACGAGAGUGUCCACUCGGCAAACAUGGAGCUCUUCCGACGGGUCUCAAGGAAAGCGAAGAGGAAGAUGCUGGCAAGUGCCCGCUUUUCGUUAUCAGCCGAGGAUGACGAACCACAACCAAAAGAGGUGAACAACACGGGAGGUGAGAAGGACGAGCAAACAAGAAGUUUGAGCCGCUCUGUCGCGGGCACACUUCGUACCCUCGCCCGGAAAUCAUGGGCUCCCUCGUCGAGGUCGACCUCUCCAAGCCGGAAAGACCGUGAAACUGCAGAAAGAAAGCGGAGUUGGUCGCCCAGCAAGAGGAAGCUUGCCGUCGCUGCAAACUCUGUCGCUGUUCCUGAGCCUGCAGCCUCCAGUCCCCCUUUGCGGGCAUCCCCUGAGGAAAAUGACCUGCUGCUGGAGGCUCCAGCACACCCUAUACGCUCAGAGCAGCGACGUUCCACCACUCCCACACCAGUUCAAAGACCGUUCUCAGUCCUUCUCACCAAGAACAAGAGUGACGUCAACCUGAGGCGAAUGUCGAGAAAUUCCAGUGCGACUUCUCUCCGGAGUUUCGUGUCCACCGACCGAUCACAGUCAGGACUCUCGCUCAACAAGGUGCCUCCGCUGCCUUCCUCACUUUCAUCUGAUCGACUCGCGGCUCUCAAUGUUGAAGGCCCUAGAAGAAAAGAUCCGCUGUGGGCUGCAUUUCGUAACCUUGAUGGAGAGUACAGUGGCUUCCAGUCAAAGACUAGCCUCCAGAAAGCCAAGGUGCUGCGAGCGACACUGAUUCCUUUCCUGGUCAAGCACGAAAAUCAUACGUCUAACAAGUCUCUUCGAGCCGAGGAUUUGGACCGACGAAUUGUGAUCUUGAAUAAAUGGUGGACAGCAUUGCUGGAGAUUCUGCAUGGAGCAAACAAUCAGUCGAUAUCGGGUACGGACAGACCCGCAUUCCUCGAAGCCAUAAAUCGGAUCAUGAGUCGACCAGAAUGGAGAAUGCCUGGCUUCUCUUCAACUCCAGGGGAAAGCCCACAGCGUCCUUCACUUCCGAAGUCGAAGUCGACCAAUUCCCUUGAAUCGGAGGAGGCAGAUUUCUUGAUCGAUUCCGUCUAUCAGAAUGUGCGUAACACUUUCGUCCAAAACCUCCUCUCACAAAUGGAGUUUGUCACUGGUGUAUUGUCAACGAGGACUGCACCUCAAAGCCUAGUCACAUUUGCUGGAAAGGCUUGUGCUUACGCUUUCUUCUUCUGUCCCGGAGUGGCCGACAUGCUCAUCAGGUUGUGGUGUCUCCCAACCGCUGUACUCAGACGAAUGCUCAGACAGUUUGGCGUUGAGAAUGGUGAAAAGUUGGACCUCAUCUCCAGUGCUCUAGGGAGAAAUUUCCCCCCACCCGUUCGAAGUCUCUGUGUCGGAUCUCAAGCAACCUUUAUGCGUCAUCUUCAACAGCGAGGUCCCUUACCACCAGGAUCAGAGAAGAUCGAUUGGUAUCAACCCUGGGUGGCGAGAUGGUCUGGCCACAACAGUGAUUUGUUCUUCGUCUUUACGAAGCAGUACCACCUCCUAGUGUCAGAAUUCCUCGCCGAGGAUAUUUCGCUGAAAGAUCGCACGGGUAUCCCCGGUAUGGUACCAAUCUGCGCUCAGAUGCUGGUCAUUCUGGAGACAACCAUCUAUCGACAAGCUGGCCAAUCUGGAGGCGAGAGCUACGCUACCAGCACCGGGUCCAAUUUGGACAACCCAGACGCUUUAGCUCCUCUGCCCAUGACAAUUGCUAACGCAACUCGUUCGAUUGCUGAGAAUCGACUGAUCAUGAUGUUGCGAGACAUCAUGGGCGACCUGGACCCGGAUCGCGCCAAUUUCAGAAGGCUCUUCUCAGUUUCCUUUGACAGUGUUACCAAGGCGGCGACCGUCAAAGUUUCCUUGUACAACAACGACGCAUGUUUUGUGAUUUGUGAUUUUAUGGAGGAAGUUCUUCCCAUCAUGUUCCGACACCACCAGACCUACAUUGAAACCCCAGUGCUUGACUGGCCGUUUUGGCUUGAAGUCUGCAAGCAGAUGCUGCGAAGUCAGACCACUCUUACCCAGAUACGAGUGAUCACAUUCUUGUAUACUAAUUGGUCUAUCUUAAUACAUAAUGAGGGACAGAAGCGUCGGCUGGUUCUAGAGUGGCUGUUGGAUGCCGACGUCUUCGAGAAGCAGUUUUGUCACUGGUCGCCCAUGGUGCGACAUUACUUCUACCGUCUGCUGUGCUGGAAAGUUGCGCGAUACGACGGUGAGGUUUCGGACUUGGAUAUAGAGAUCUUGCAGUCAUUGGCUGCUCGGUUGAACAAAUGCUGGGCAAAUUACCAGUAUUUGAGUGCGGAAGCCGAAAUGCGAGGUCUCGUACCACCAUCGUCGGCGCCUUGCUCACCUGCACCCAGCCGUGUCCUCGUUAUUGUCCGGACUGACAGUCAACCGAUUAUGACGGCCUCCAAGACACAUUUCGAAAAGUAUCUUCCAACCUCAAUCGUCACCCAACAUUCGCCGUUUCCGAACCAUUCUUCCAUCCUGAACACUAUCCCAUCUGCCGACUUGCCGAACAACAGCAACAAGAAGCGAUGGAGCCUAUUCCGUGGCCUCAACGUGUUCGGUACGCCAGGUAACCAUCGACCAGGAGAGGUAACACCACCUGGAAGUCCAGAGGACAAAGCCGUGUUGGCCUCCAACGAUGCUCCUGAUCCGAACAGCGCGAUUACCGCGCCAAAGAGGCCGGCUACACCACCGCACCAGGCAUUUUCGUUUAAGUUCUCUCUCGAAUAUUUCUCGUCCCGACCACACCUGGAAAACAAAAAUCGUCCGGUGGUAGCGCCACUACUUCCUCCUAAUGCCCAGGCCAUACUCAGAUCGCGGCAGAGCUCAGACAGUGGUGUGAGUGGAGGCAGUGCUAGUGGUCUCAGCCAAUCCAGCAACAGUGGUGGGAGCGGUGUGAGUGGUAGUAGCAUUUCCCGCGGGAAAGGUAGAGCGAAAGAAGUGAAGCCGCUCAAGCCUAAGGAUCAUGAGAUGGGCACAGCACGGUACAGCGGGCGAUCCCUGACUGAAUGGGCCCAGGUGUUGCACGAAUGUCGCAGUUUUUACAGCAGGCGCAAGCAGGAAGGUGUUCCACGGGAUAGCCUUAUUGAGACACCGACAAUGGGUGUGGAGAGUUUCCGGCUGAUGGGUGGUUAA